AUGGGAAAGCACAGAGAACGGCAUGCAGAGGAAGCGAAAAAGACACAUUCCGUGUUCAAGGAAGGCGACAUCGCGGAUAUGCAGGAGACGUCGGGUGUCCAGGGUCCAGAGAUAGAGCAAAGCCAGCCGCUGCGGGAGCACAGCGAAAACACUAAGAACCAUCCCAAGAAUGAACUCAAGGAAUACAUUACCGAGAUUCCUUUCCCAAUCAGCGAAAAAACAGGGAUUAUGAGACAGUUCCUGUCUGGAAUUGAAAGGCUGUUCACAAUCGUCAGGUCGUCGCUUAGAAAGGCAGUGCUAUGGAUCUCCGGGAGAAGAGGUCCUAGUGAUGAAGAGGCCGUGUGA